AUUUAUAAGCAUAAACUAUAAACAUCAAUAUUCUAGGCAUUUCCUUGUGUAAAAUGAUACGAGUACGUUCAAUAUUAUUGUGUUUAUUAUUACAAAUUGCCUUGGGACAAUCCGCAAAAGUUUUGUUGGUGUUUCCAGUUCCUUCUUCAAGUCAUCAUAUUCUAGGUACGAGUUUGGCGAAAGGAUUGGCCAAUGCUGGACAUGACGUCACAUUGGUAUCCCCCUAUGUGGACAAGAAUAAACAAAUUGAAAAUAAAAAUGGGAAAUAUAAUCAAAUAGUUGUUAAGGAGAUUGACAAACAAUAUAAACAUGAUAAUGUUGACAUGUUUGGCCUUGAAUCAUCAUUUAUGUCUAUGCUAACCCUAAUGACGAAAAUGUUGGAAAACAUAUCAAACAACAUUCUAAAAAAUUCAGAACUCAAAAAACUGCACGAAGAAGGACAAACGUUUGAUGUUGUAGUCAUAGAAGAAUUCCUUUGUGAUAGUCUGAAGGUAUUGCAUUACAAUUUUAAAGCUUCUUUGAUAGCAUUUAGCUCUAUUGGCCCAAACUCUAUGGUGAAUGAUUUGGUUGGAAAUCCAAGUCCACUAUCCUACAUUCCUGAGAUGUCAUCUGGGCUUCCUACUAAAAUGAAUUUCAUUCAUCGUGUUAAAAAUGUACUUCGUUUCCUAAUGGGUAAAGCUUUUAACUACUUUUACAUAAGUAAAUAUCAGACUGCGUACUUGAAAGAACAUUACCCUGACUCUCCCUCUAUAGAUGAGUUAAAGUAUAACGUUUCUUUGAUACUUAUGAAUUCCCAAGUGAGUACUUUUCAACCUGCACCUACAGUACCAAGCAUGAUAUCCAUAGGUGGAUACCACGUACAACCACCUAAACCCCUACCUAAAGACCUUAAAAAGUAUUUGGAUGAAGCCAAAGAUGGCGUUAUUUACUUUAGCAUGGGUUCAGUUUUAAAAGGCAGCAACUUACCUAAAGAAAAAAUUAACAUCAUCAUAGGCGCUUUCAAGCAAUUAAAACAAAAAGUCCUGUGGAAAUGGGAGGAUGAUAAACUUGCAGGCAAACCUGACAACGUAAAAAUAGAAAAGUGGCUGCCACAACAAGACAUUCUAGCGCACCCCAAUGUAAAACUGUUCAUUUCGCAUGGAGGUCUUUUGAGCACCACAGAAGUUAUCUACCAUGGUAAACCUGUUCUGGCGAUACCGAUUUUUGGUGAUCAAUUUUUAAACGCGCAGCAAAUGGAGGAUCAUGGCUUCGCUUUGGUACACAAGCUCUCUGAACUUACUGAUACUGAAGAGUUUUUGGCCAAAAUCAAGGAACUUCUAUAUAUUCCAAAGUAUUAUCAAAAUGCACAGUAUAGGUCAAAAAUAAUGCACGACCAACCGAUGAAGCCUAUGGACGUUGCAGCAUUUUGGGUGGACCAUGUAGCUAGACAUAAAGGUGCCCCACACUUGCGUGUGGGAGCUUUAGAUUUACCAUGGUAUCAGCUGCAUCUUAUUGAUGUUAUAGCAUUCUUAAUCAUUGUACCUAUUGUAGUAUUAUUAGUAUUAUCAUUGAUACUAUGCAAAUUGUAUUCCUGUUUGUGUAAGACAAAUGAGAGUGAUAAGUCUAAAGUUAAGAAGAAUUGAUUUGUACUUAAAU